CCACAACAACAAAGGGUGCCGUGCCACUAAAACCGGGCUAACAAACAAAACUAUCGAACAAAGUUUGUUUUCUAGCUUCCAAAUCGUAGAGCAUGUCGACUUCCAGCAAGGUAAUUAUCGGGUCGGCCCUCCUUGUGGCGGCUGUUGCGGCAAAAUCCUUUUUGUCAAAGGAAUCCUCUUCCGACAGCCGAGAACUCGCUGAAAUCGAUGACGAAUACGAAGAGGGAGAUUUAAUCACCGGAGAGGAUGUCUGCAAGGUUUUCGACAGGUUGUUUAUGGAGAUGCAAGGUGUUUUGGCACAGCUGAGUCAGCAAAUCCAACAAAUACAAAUGAGCGGCCAAAACAUUCCUCAGCAACAACUGCGACAGAUUUUGGUCGGCGAAUACCAGCGUGCUCUCGUCGCCAAGCAGAAACAGGCUCUUGAAGAAGCCGACAUGGACUACGAUUGCUUCGAAGAAGCAACCUGGGAGUUUCUAGAAAAGGCAGACGAAUACCCGAAAGUGAAAACUUCGGUGGAGAGAUUCCAAAAACUCUGGGAGAAUGUGUCUGGAGAGAGCGUUGUCGGAAUGAGAAAGGGGGGUGCCAAGGGUCCCACCAAACCAGAAGAACCAAUAGAGAUAAUGUCUGCUGAGAAGACAAUCGAAGUCGCAGAAUUUUACUUUGAUUCCCUGACCAAUGCAAUGGGUGAAUUGGUCGACGAUUUCAAGAAGAAAGAAAAAAAUCUGAGAGAUCCUCGCGUGGCACAGGAAUUGCAGCUAGCGUUCUCGGGUGUAGCAAACGACAAGGGAGAGGAGGCCCUGAAACAAUUGGGAGUCACCCAAAUGCAAUUCCAAAAGUCUAUCGAGGCGAAUGCCUCCAAUCCACGAGUGGGAAGAUCUUUGGCAAUGUUGCAAAUGAAGCAACAACAGGCAUUGGUUGCAAUGGGAGUUCCAACCUGAUAGUUGUUUGGUACACGAUAUGGAUGACGAAACUUAAUCAUAAUAUACCUAAUUUUCUUGU